AUGGUAUGGAUUAACCUAAUAGUUUAUUUAACAACUGUAAUAGUUAUCAUCAUCGAUAUCUGUCGAAAUAGUUCUAAAGCUGGAAAUAAUAAACGUAAGAUAGAUGUAGACCAAAAAAAUGAAAAAACAACGAAUUAUCCAGAAACGAAAAUAAUUACUGGUGCUAACAACUUAAAUGACAACAAAAAAUCUAUAGAAGCAGCACAAAUAGAUGAAAUUCCCAUCGAUUCAUCGGGAAAAAAUAACUCCUCGAACAUGAAAAUAAAUGAAGAAAAGUCUAUUAUCGAGUUCGGUCAAUCAAACCCCGAAAAAGGUCAAACAAGAUCACGCCUUCUUGAGGAUGCUGCUAAUGCGGUGGCUGCGCGAAUAAAAGCUGAAAAAAUUCUGUCUAAAGCUGAAAUGGAUGCGACAGAGGCACAAACAAAAGCCCAAACAGCAGUGGAACGAAUUAAAUCUGCUAUAUCUCUACUGAAGGAAGGUAAAUUAAAUCUCGUUGAAAAUGAAGCUCGGGCCGCGGUUGGUCCCGCAACAGAUGCAAUAACCGCAGCUCAAGCUUUCAGUAGAGAAAACAUGCCCAUAAGUCCUGUUGUUAUUAGUGAAUUUCCCAACGAUUUAUCAACAGACAGUGAUUUGGUAUCGAUCAUAGCAACAGUCCGUGAUAACGCUAGAAUUGUUGACAAUGUCAUUGAAAAAUUAAAUUCUAUGAAAGGAAUCGUGAAUUCCAGCCAAUCUGCUGCUGAAAAAGUUAUAACAAAAGUGCGAUUUAUUCUCGCCGCUGCUGAUGUAGCUCUCGAACAUGCAAAAGCUAACGCAGUUAUGUCUGAAGCUACGAAGGCUCAAGAAAAUUCCGAAGCAGCUUCGGCUGCGAUUGACUUAGCUAAAUUUCUACUAAAAAAAAAUAAACUAUAUUUCGCUGAAAAAGAAGUUCAAAAUGCGGAUCGUUACGCAGCAAAUGCAAUAACAGCAGCUGAAACCUUUAACACAGACGAAAAUUCCAUAACUUUAGUAUAUAUUGAUGAACUUCCCACCGAAUUAUCAAAAGACAGUGAUUUAAAAUCGAUCGUGUCAGCGGCCCGUGAGGACGCAACUGAAGUUAAAAAUGCAAUUAUAACAUUAAUGUCUAAGGAAGCGAUCAUCAAAUCCAAACAAUCUGAUGCUAAAAAAGCUAAGGCGGCAAUUCCGUUUCUCCAAGCUGCGAUUAAAGCAGCACUAGAACGACACAAAGCUGAUAGACUGCUGCCUAAUUUUAAAAUGUUAGCUUCAAAGGUAGAGCAAAACUCCCUAGCCGCAACAAGUGCGAUUGACUCUGCUAAAAUUGCACUGCAAACCGAUCGGCUAGAUGACGUCGAAACGGAAGCUCUGAAAGCGGAGCGUUCCGCGAUUCAAGCAAUAGAAGAAGCUCAAAACUUUAGUUACGAUAAGAAUUUUAUAAGAUCGGUAGUCAUUGAUGAACUUCCCGACGAGUUAUCAACCGACAGUGAUAUGAAAUCGAUCAUGUCAAAAGCCGACGAGAAUGCCGCCAAAGUUAGGGAGGCGAUAAGAACGAUUAAUAAUACUGAGAAAGCCACCGUCAUGUCAAGUCAAUCUGCUGCCAAAAAAGCUAUGGCGGCAGUACCUUUACUCCACGUCGCUCUUCAAGCUGCACGGGAACGAAAAAAAGCUGAUCAACUUCUGCCGAAUGUUAAAAUGUUAGCUUCAGAGGUAGAACAAAAAUCCAUAGCCGCAUCGAGUGCGAUUAAAUCUGCUAUGACAGCACUGCAAAACGAUCGGCUAGAUGACGUUGAAACUGAAGCUCUUAAAGCGGAGAGUUCCGCGAUUGAAGCAAUUCAGGUAGCUCAAAACUUUAGUUACGAUCAAAAUUCUAUAAGUUCUGUAGAUAUUGAUGAUUUUUCUAACAAUGUAUCAGAAGGCAGUGACUUGGAAUCGAUCAAGUCAAAGGUUGAAGAAGACGGCGCUGAAAUUAGGAAGACGAUUGAAACAAUAAAUCUUAAACGAGCAUCCAUCAUAUCAAAUCAAUCCGCUGCUGAAAAAGCUAAGGCGGCAGUACCUUUACUCCGUUCUGCUGCUAAAGUAGCUAUCGAACGUAAAAAAGCUGAUGCAGUUCUUUUCAACGCUAUUGAGGCAGAAGAACAAUCCAAAGCAGCAUCGAAAAUAAUUAAAUCUGCUAUGUCUCUACUGAAAGACGGCAAACUAGAUCUGGUUGAGAACAAAGCUCUGGAAGCGAUUAAUCCCGCGACAGCUGCAAUUGAAGCAGCUCAGAACUUCAGUAGAGAUAAGAACUCCAUAAAUUCUCUAGAUAUUGCUGAACUUUCCGCCAUUUUAUCAACCGACAGUGAUUUGAAAACGAUCAAGUCAAAGGCCGAUGAUGAUGCUGUCAACGUUAACGCAGCGAUUGGAACAAUAAAUACUAAGGAAGCAUCCAUCGUAUCAAGUCAAUCCGCUGCUGAAAAAGCUAAGGCGGCAGUACCUUUACUCCGUUCUGCUGCUAAAGUAGCUAUCGAACGUAAAAAAGCUGAUGCAGUUCUUUUCAACGCUAUUAAGGCAGAAGAACAAUCCAAAGCAGCAUCGAAAAUAAUUAAAUCUGCUAUGUCUCUACUGAAAGACGGCAAACUAGAUCUGGUUGAGAACAAAGCUCUGGAAGCGAUUAAUCUCGCGACAGCUGCAAUUGAAGCAGCUCAGAACUUCAGUAGAGAUAAGAAUUCCAUAAAUUCUCUAGAUAUUGCUGAACUUUCCGCCAUUUUAUCAACCGACAGUGAUUUGAAAACGAUCAAGUCAAAGGCCGAUGAUGAUGCCGUCAACGUUAACGCAGCGAUUGGAACAAUAAAUACUAAGGAAGCAUCCAUCGUAUCAAGUCAAUCCGCUGCUGAAAAAGCUAAGGCGGCAGUACCUUUACUCCGUUCUGCUGCUAAAGUAGCUAUCGAACGUAAAAAAGCUGAUGCAGUUCUUUUCAACGCUAUUGAGGCAGAAGAACAAUCCAAAGCAGCAUCGAAAAUAAUUAAAUCUGCUAUGUCUCUACUGAAAGACGGCGAACUAGAUCGGGUUGAGAACAAAGCUCUGGAAGCGAUUAAUCCCGCGACAGCUGCAAUUGAAGCAGCUCAGAACUUCAGUAGAGAUAAGAAUUCCAUAAAUUCUCUAGAUAUUGCUGAACUUUCCGCCAUUUUAUCAACCGACAGUGAUUUGAAAACGAUCAAGUCAAAGGCCGAUGAUGAUGCCGUCAACGUUAACGCAGCGAUUGGAACAAUAAAUACUAAGGAAGCAUCCAUCGUAUCAAGUCAAUCCGCUGCUGAAAAAGCUAAGGCGGCAGUACCUUUACUCCGUACUGCUGCUAAAGUAGCUAUCGAACGUAAAAAAGCUGAUGCAGUUCUUUUCAACGCUAUUAAGGCAGAAGAACAAUCCAAAGCAGCAUCGAAAAUAAUUAAAUCUGCUAUGUCUCUACUGAAAGACGGCAAACUAGAUCUGGUUGAGAACAAAGCUCUGGAAGCGAUUAAUCUCGCGACAGCUGCAAUUGAAGCAGCUCAGAACUUCAGUAGAGAUAAGAAUUCCAUAAAUUCUCUAGAUAUUGCUGAACUUUCCGCCAUUUUAUCAACCGACAGUGAUUUGAAAACGAUCAAGUCAAAGGCCGAUGAUGAUGCCGUCAACGUUAACGCAGCGAUUGGAACAAUAAAUACUAAGGAAGCAUCCAUCGUAUCAAGUCAAUCCGCUGCUGAAAAAGCUAAGGCGGCAGUACCUUUACUCCGUUCUGCUGCUAAAGUAGCUAUCGAACGUAAAAAAGCUGAUGCAGUUCUUUUCAACGCUAUUGAGGCAGAAGAACAAUCCAAAGCAGCAUCGAAAAUAAUUAAAUCUGCUAUGUCUCUACUGAAAGACGGCGAACUAGAUCUGGUUGAGAACAAAGCUCUGGAAGCGAUUAAUCCCGCGACAGCUGCAAUUGAAGCAGCUCAGAACUUCAGUAGAGAUAAGAACUCCAUAAAUUCUCUAGAUAUUGCUGAACUUUCCGCCAUUUUAUCAACCGACAGUGAUUUGAAAACGAUCAAGUCAAAGGCCGAUGAUGAUGCCGUCAACGUUAACGCAGCGAUUGGAACAAUAAAUACUAAGGAAGCAUCCAUCGUAUCAAGUCAAUCCGCUGCUGAAAAAGCUAAGGCGGCAGUACCUUUACUCCACGUCGCUCUUCAAGCUGCACGGGAACGAAAAAACGCUGAUAAACGUCUGACGAAUGUUGAAAUGUUAGCUUCAGAGGUAGAACAAAAAUCCAUAGCCGCAUCGAGUGCGAUUAAAUCUGCUAUGACAGCACUGCAAAACGAUCGGCUAGAUGACGUUGAAACUGAAGCUAAUAAUGCGGAGCAUUCCGCAACUGAAGCAAUAACAGCAGCUCAAAAGCUUAGUAUCGAUACGCAUUCGGUAAGGCCAAUAAACAUUGAUGAUUUCUCCGCCAACGUAGCAGACGGCAGUGCUUUGGCCUCGAUCAAAACAAAGGUUGAAGAUGACGCUGCUGAAGUAAUGAAGGCGAUUGAAACAAUAAAUCUUAAAGAAACAUCCGUCAUAUCACACAAAGCUACUGCCGAGAAAGCCAAGGCAGCAGUACCUUUUCUUCGUAUUGCUCUUCAAGUUGCGCGUCAACGAAAAAAUGCCACUGAACGUCUUGUUAAGGCUCAGAAAUCUGCUGCGGAAUCAGCUGAGAAUGCUAAAAACGCUGCUGCCAAUUUUUCUCGUGUCGAAAAGUCUGAAGAUCCGAGUCUGGCCGAAUCAAUCUCGUUGCAAGCCGAUGUCGCAUUGAGCUUCGCAUUGCAAGCGAUUGCGUACGCCCAAAUAUUCUUGUCGACAAAAAGAUUAGUUGAUUAUGCUGCAACACAAGCUCGUAAGCUCGCAAAACAAAUAUCAGACGACUAUACUGACAUAAAAGCGAUCGCAAAUAAAUUGGUGAACGAAUCUGAAGAAGCCUCUAAUGCGCUUGCUAAACUCGAGGAGUCUGUCAACACUAGCAUGCAUUCUGCUCGUUCAACUCAAACUGAAGCAUCUAAAUUAGUCGAAAUUUAA